CAUAAUAUAUAUUUAUUUAUAAGAUAUAAAUACUUAUUUUUAGGUGUAUAAAUAUAAAAUUGUGACCAUGUUUCGAAACAAAAUGCUGAAAGCUAUAUCAACAACCUGCUUUCAUUGUGUCAGAGCAAAUGCAAGAAGAGCAGUGUCAUAUGUACCUAUCGUUGUGGAACAGUCAGGGCGUUCAGAACGAGCGUAUGAUAUAUACUCAAGAUUGUUAAAAGAAAGAAUAAUAUGUUUGUUUGGACCUAUUGAUGAUACAUUAUCCAGUGUUAUUGUCGCACAACUUCUAUUUUUACAGUCUGAAAGUAGCAAAAAACCUAUCCACAUGUAUAUAAACAGUCCGGGUGGAUCGGUAACAUCUGGUCUUGCUAUCUACGACACAAUGCAGUACAUCCAACCACCCAUAGCCACGUGGUGCGUAGGACAGGCUUGUAGUAUGGGUUCAUUGUUGCUGACAAGUGGAGCACCUGGGUUACGUCAUGCGUUACCGCAUUCACGAAUCAUGCUUCAUCAACCCCACGGAGGAGUGCAGGGCCAAGCCACGGAUAUCGCGAUACAAGCGCAAGAAAUUUUAAAACUGAAGAAACUUUUAAAUGGUAUUUACAGCAACCAUACAGGCAAAGAUAUCAACACGAUAGAGGAAGCACUUGAACGAGAUAAUUUUAUGUCUCCAGAGGAAGCGAAAUCGUUUGGUGUGGUUGACCACGUAUUAAAUGCUCCUGUCGCAUCCAGUGAACCAGAGGAGAAAAGCUGAUAGUUGUUUUUGCAUGGAUAGCAUCUUAUUGUAAAUUGUAUUCUUUUUUUUAGAUCGUGUUGUAGUUACAUUGUUUUCA